AUGCCGGCGUGCAAUGGCAGCGUCCCCCCGGGGGACGGCCCGCUCCAGGUCAUCGGUGGCAUCCAAGAAAUCGCAAAAUCUCUCGGGACGGUCCCGUGCGCAAACGAGGAGACGAGCCCUGACACCUCACCUGCAAGGGAAAAUCCGGAGGAAAAUAGGAAUUCAUUGGCAGAGGACAUCACUCCUGAGAAAUGUGCUGGAGAGAAGCGAUGCCAAGAAAAGCGAGAGGAGAGCGUUGGGACACUACAGCAGGGAGCGGCGGAUAUCCAGGACACAGGGACCAAUGGCCAGGGAUCAGGGGAAGGGCCGGGUGGCACAGCGGGGACAGCCACGGCCGCUCCCGGCACGGAGGAGCCGGAGACCCUGCCCGGCAGCGGCCAGCCCAGAGGGAAUGCGGCCGAGGAGGCCGAGGAGGCCGAGGAGGAGGAGGAGGAGGAGGAGGAGGACACGGAAGAGGAUGAAGUCCAGGUGAUUGAAAUGAAGAAGGAGAAGAGCGAGGCGCCCCGCCUGCAGCAGCGAGACAGCGGCAAACAAGCAUCGCCCCCCGGCAGCCCCGGCUGCAACUCCCCGAUGGAGAAAGGGGCCGAGCAGCCCAGCCUGGGGAAAAAGAACGACAUCUCCAGACACAGCUACUCCAGAUACAACACAAUCUCCUACCGGAGGAUCCGUAAAGGAAACACCAAACAGCGGAUCGACGAGUUUGAGUCCAUGAUGCACUUAUGA